GUCUUGAAAUCAUGAAUCCUGUCUAUAGCCCUGGGUCUUCUGGGGUUCCCUAUGCAAAUGCCAAAGGAAUUGGUUAUCCAGCUGGUUUCCCCAUGGGCUAUGCAGCAGCAGCUCCUGCUUAUUCUCCUAACAUGUAUCCUGGAGCGAAUCCUACCUUCCAAACAGGUUAUACUCCAGGCACACCUUACAAAGUAUCCUGCUCCCCCACCAGUGGGGCUGUGCCACCAUACUCCUCUUCCCCCAACCCCUACCAGACUGCCGUGUACCCUGUGCGAAGUGCCUACCCCCAGCAGAGUCCGUAUGCACAGCAGGGCACCUACUACACACAGCCACUGUAUGCAGCACCCCCUCACGUCAUCCACCAUACCACAGUGGUGCAGCCCAACGGCAUGCCUGCAACCGUGUAUCCUGCUCCUAUCCCUCCCCCUCGAGGCAAUGGCGUCACCAUGGGCAUGGUUGCUGGGACCACCAUGGCCAUGUCAGCAGGUACCCUGUUGACUGCUCACUCUCCAACUCCAGUCGCCCCUCACCCGGUUACUGUGCCCACAUACCGGGCCCCAGGAACACCCACUUACAGCUAUGUGCCCCCUCAGUGGUGAUCACCCUGCAGACAGACGUUUGAGGAUGGAGCUGUGCAGUCACAUCAUUGAGGUUCCACAGCUGGUGCUGCAGGCCUUGUGCCUCCAACCAGGACUUUCUUCUUAAUGCUCUCAACACUUAGCUAAACACGACUCCGUCCCGGCCCAGCAGGUCCCAGCGCCGUUAGUCUCCAACUAACUCUGUGGGUUGGUCUUAAAGCAAAUCCUGUUUUGUGGUCUGCCUGGCAAUUUUUUUAGCUAACUGUAAUGAUAAGAAGGGAGUAUUAAUCUAUUCUGAAUCAUAUCUAGUUGAAUGCAUGUUAAAAACAAACACAAAAACCAAGCUUGCUCAAUCUACCUGCAGUGACUGAUGCAAAACCAUCAUAUGCAAAACCCAAAGGAAUGGACAUGUAUUUUACAACUUGUAUCACUAAUGCACUGUUGUAAUGUUUGCAGUCUUAACAUUAAUAAGUGUUCAAGUGAAUUUCUUCAUAGAGCAUCUGAAUUACCUUAGAUGAUUGUUCAACCUUUUGGGGUUGAUGUGGGUAGCCAGCUAGGGAUGUGGAUGUUUAGUUUUCAGUGUCCUGUUUUUUCGAUACUGACUGCACCAAGAGGGAACUGCAGGGACAGGGAGAGAGUAGGGAGGCUACAGUGGCUCGGGAGCAGCUGGUUAGGGGACAUCCCUUCGGGUCCGGAACAGGGACAUGCUUAAAGAUCAUCAUGAGACAUUAGAGCGAUGUGGCCAGGACACAGGGGCGAGGGAGGUCUGUGUAUCAACAAAACAAUUUUCUCUGCCAUCCAAAUUUUCAUUGCACAUCUCUUACAAAGAAGAAUGAUGUUUUUUAUAUCUUUAUUAGAAAAAUCUUGUGUAGAACUAGAUUAUUUUCCUGGAAUGGAAGGUAUGCAAAAGAGAAACAGCCCCAUUUGGAGGAGGUAUCAUCUUUUCCUUUAGCUUAGAAAGUCAUUCCAUAUUUUUUUUUCCCCGAGAAAUGUUUGAGUCAGUUAAAAACACUUGGGCGUUACUGUUUCUCUCACAAAGAAGGGCAAAGAUUUCAGCUGUGUGUUAUGGAAGGUGCUGUAUACUUAUGAAUGCUUAAAAGGGAACAAAACUAUUUUAAAUUCCUCAUGUUUAUUCAGAGAGGCAAGGUCAUGACUAGGUCUGCGAAUGUAAAGCUGUAGCUUGUCCUGAGGCUCUCCAUCUGUGCUGACGACUUAAUUACCUCCUGUCUGGCUCGAGGAUGUGGCUGGGUGAGGGGCCAAGGGUUGUGUCUGGGAGUGAGUCUCUUCUGCCCACUCCUCUUGCAGCUGAGGGCACUUGGUGCCAGCAUGUGGGACAGCACAGAGGGCCUGGCAGUAGUGGAAAGUAUUUGCCUGCUGGCAUCUGUUAUGGAAGAGAUUUUGAGUUUAAAAUCUGAAUAUUGUACAUAAGAAAUUGAGAGGUUUUUUUUUUUUUUUUUCCUUAAUAAGCCUGACUUUGGCAGGAAUGGCUGUCCCUUCUCAGUGAAGGUCAGAGGGCUGGUAAAAACACUUGCUCCCUUUUAGGGGUCUGUCAGGUGGGGAUGGGUGUGCCUUUUUUCCCACCCUAGUGUUGUUGAAGUGCUAGUCUUCAGUUGGGAGGGGAUUCUGUGCUGCUUCUGUCUCUGGCAGCUUGGUCGGGGCCCUGGCGCUGGGAUGGAGGUUGCUCCAUUAGCAGUCAUCCUGGCUGGCAAGUGGAAUACCUGACCACUGAGCCUUUGGUAAUUUUAUUUUUUAUAAUAAGUACUCAUCAUAACUUACUUUUUUUCACAUUUUAUAAAUUUGGGAAUAUUUUUGCAUGGCUCAUUGUAAUCAAGAGUCCUUAUUCCUAGUGUCCAUUAAUAUAGAAUGUUUACUGAUAAGUACUUUAAAUCGCUUCCUGAGCACUUAACCCGUGUGUGUGUGUGUGUGUGUGUGUGUGUGUGUGUAUGCGUGCUCGCGCGCGCACACACAUGUGUGCAUGUGUUGUAUCAUUUACCCUGUGUAUGUGAACACACAGUUGUGUUCAUUUCUGCAAGUCUGUGUUGGUAAUUCCAUCUGUGUAAUGGAUGAUUUGCAAUGUUGGUAGUUCCAAGGGUUCCAGGGACUCAACUGACUGAUGGAGAAGGCAUUUUUCCCAGUUGAGUGAUAAUACACAGGAGAACAUAUUAAUGAUUUUAGUGUAUGCUUUAUAAAAAAGCCCCUCACAAAAGUGGAAACAUACCCAUGGCCUACCUGUAAGGGGUGGUGUCGUUCACAAUCAGGAGGAAGUUCUAAGAGGAUACGUGGGCUGUGUCCAGGCCUGCAUGAGACUGGCACACACAGGGUGAGUGUUCUCACAAGUGCUGAGUUGGAGGAAGUUUUGCAUCCCCUGAUCCCCAUUUGUAUCAGCUAUAUGAAUACUUUCUUCUCUAUAAUUUUUUUUCCCUUUUUGUAAGGUUGAAUUGAGAGACUAUGAGAUACUUACUUGAUAGUACAAUAUGUUUUGUGGAAAUCUUUCCAAUUUUGAAACUUACUAGGGCGUCAGGUAUCAAAUCUAGGAAAGGUAGAUAAUACCUACCAGAUAAGAAUCUAGACUUAGUAAUAGUAAUAAAACGCUCAUAGGUUGGAUUCCAUUCUAGUAAAAUUAAUUAAAUAGUACUUGGGUCAGUAAUCUGUUACAAAGCUGCAUAGUUUGAUAUCCCAAGCAUAUUGUGGAACAUUCCAAGGACUUUUGCUUUUUAUAUGUGUGACAUUUCUGAUUUGAGAGGUCUUCAAGUUGAAUUAAUUGUUCUUUGAGAGACUGAGACAGGAAGCAGAAGACCUAGUUCUUGUAGACAUGGGCAUCAUUAUGGAUAUUUAAACAAUUUUUUAUUCUCUACCUUCUCCUCUGAGGCUUGAGAGUUGUCAUCUUCAGCUGUGUAGCUGCUGCUGCUCUCAGCUCAUGGAGAUGUAGUUAGAAGCCAGUUGGAGGCUGAGUGAGUAUUGAAAAGCAGCUCGUGUGUUCCCUGACUUAGAAGCGAGGCCACUCUCAGGGCCAGAGCCUAGUAGUCAUGAUAACAGGCAUGGAAGUGCUUCCAGAACCUUUUAUAUAUGCUGUGGACCAUCUUUUGAGAAUGUUCUUGUUGGUGUGGUUAUGGCCUACCAGUUGCUUAUUCUGUGAAACUCUUUCCUGAGUGCUAUGCAAAUGUAUUUUCGGGUGGCAGGGACCUGAGCAGGGCACCAGGCUGCUGAGUGUCCAGGCACCUGGUGCUUUGCUCCAUCUGGUGGUGCCAUCCUGCUGUGACAGGCGGCCAGGAAGUAAGUUGCAUGUGUUCUUGAAAAAUGUGUCAUUGAGAGGACAUACUUUCUUAGGGCAGUUUGGAAUGCACUAACGUCCAUCAGCAUUGUCCUUGUGUGGGCUUUCCUGAUUCCAGUUGAGUAAAUGUCGGGUUGCUUUGCAAAAGGAAGUCCAGACUUCACCUGUCUCUUUUUGAACAUUUAGAUACAGUAUUACUCUGACCAAUUGGGCCACUCUCUCUCAUCUGGCAGCUGACAGUUGGCUGCUCCAAUUAUAGUUGGCCUGGCACUGCCUGGCAGCACAGGGCCCCCUGUGGGUGCAGCAGCAGGUGGGGCAGCCACUGGUCCUUCUCACUGGUGCUUUCUGAGGGAGUCUGGUAGGAGUGUGGUUGCUUAGGGAGGGCACAGCUUAGCGCUCCUGUUUUGCACAUCUCCCAGGUCUGGUGUAUGUGCUUCUCUCAGCUGCUUACUGCUCCACCUGAGCUUCCCGAAGGUGGGCAGACUUCUGAGUGCACUGCAGGUGCUGUACUGAGGUGGGGAGGGUGUGGUCUUGCAUGUUUUAAGGGUUUGUCUCUCUUCCCAACUCUCAGUUCAUUUGAAGAAUGGAGACCCUGUGAGAUAACCUGGCUUUAGUCCACAGGACUAACAGUUCAUUCAGAAUGCCGAGAUGGAGGAGUGGAAUCUAUCCAGAGAGCUGCAGUGCACUUCAGGAGGGUGGGCUGUUCCAGAUUAGCUGGCAGGCAGCUCCCUGGCGGGGCCUUGGGCCCUGAUGUAGGCUGGUGGGCAGUAGCAGGAGUGGGGCCAGAUGGAGCCAUGCUCCAGUGGCCUUGUGGGCUGUGACUGGAUAGGAAACGGUUCCUUUUUUGUUUGUUUGUUUUUUAGUGAUUUUUAAAUACUGUUUUUUACACUGUUCUCUUGGUACUUUUUUAAGCUUAAGUCAGCGUUGUCUUCCAGUGUUAAAGGCACCCCUCACCUCUGCGUUGAACUUCCAUGUCAUAUAAAGGAGUGGACCACCCAUCCUGAGCCAGUUCAAUUAGGUGUCAAUUCACACUUUUAAUUUUUUAUGCAAUCUGAUGAGUAGAUGAGCUCAGAUUUAAAAUUCUUAAAGGCACGUUUAUUGUAACGAAUUGUUAUGUAUUAAUACUGCAGUUUUCAAUAAAGAUUGACUUGUGUUGCA